AUGGCUGAUCAGUUGACCGAAGAGCAGAUCGCUGAAUUCAAAGAAGCCUUCAGCCUCUUCGACAAGGACGGCGAUGGAACCAUCACCACCAAAGAACUUGGAACCGUUAUGCGAUCCCUUGGACAGAACCCCACUGAGGCUGAAUUACAGGAUAUGAUCAAUGAAGUUGAUGCCGAUGGAAACGGAACUAUCGACUUCCCAGAAUUCCUCACCAUGAUGGCCAGAAAAAUGAAGGAUACCGACUCCGAGGAAGAAAUCCGAGAGGCAUUUAGAGUAUUCGAUAAAGACGGCAACGGUUACAUCUCCGCAGCCGAGCUUCGUCACGUGAUGACGAACUUGGGCGAGAAGCUGACCGACGAGGAAGUCGACGAGAUGAUCCGCGAAGCUGACAUCGACGGCGACGGCCAGGUGAACUACGAAGAAUUCGUCACCAUGAUGACCUCAAAGUAG